GAAAUACCAUUUAUUGUAAAUAUGGAUGAUGACUCUCCGACUACUUCACCAUAUCACACAACAGGUCCAUUCUCAGAUACUAGUUUUGAAGAUAUAUCCUCAGAGCACAGCCCAGAUUCAUCCUUGGAUGAAUUCAGUGAUAUAGAUUGGGAUUAUAAUGGAAGUCUUUUAAAACCUGAGUCGGCAGAAGGUUCCACGCAUUCUCCAGAGGCAACAACGUCUUAUGCCGAAAUCAGUGGAUUUUAUGGACAAGAAGAGACUAAACAGAAGUUAGAAAGUAUAAAUUAUUCACCUCGAAAAAGUCUACCGCUAUCUGAUUAUUAUAUGUCCUUGGAUUCAUCGAGUGACGAACCUGAGCACAAACCCCAACCGUUUCUGCAUUAUUAUAAUGAUGACAGUAGCUCUGAUGAAGUAAAGAGAGCUGAAAAAUCGGAAGAAGAGGUGAUGAAGUCGGUGAAACCGUCUUUCAAUCGAAAUGUGAAUUUUAAUACUAAAAUUUUCAAUAAAGGUCAUGUUCAACAGAGUAGUCUAACUUCAGUGGCUCGAAAGAAGACCAUGUUGGCAAAGGCAGUGAGUCGUAAACUUCUAUACUCAAAGUUGUCUAGGCGCACGCCUGUUCAACUCGCUGAGAAUACAAAUGUAUGGCAGGUUGGGGAAUUAGUUUGGGCGCGUUCACUUCCACCCGACAAUUUCCCUUGGUGGCCAGCCAUAGUGGUUGCAAAACCAAAAAAAUAUUCAGAGUCAGAAACAAUACCCGCCACAUAUCGAGUCUGUCUUCUGGGUCUCAUUCGACCGCUAACUUUUCUCACUCUUCCACAGACUCGUUUACGACUUUAUGCUGGUAGAGAAGAGUAUGAGUCUUUUUAUCGGAAGACUGUUUUGGAAGCAAAAAACAAACUGCGGGUAAUUUGAAGGCUCUACGUCAAUUCGCUAUUCAGCCAAGCCUACAGGAAGCAUGGUUUCGUGCUAGAGAUGCUGCAGCUGAGGCGAAGUUGGCUAAACCACGGCCUGCUGGUCGAUUAGCAUUGUUUCCAUGGAUAACUGA